AUGGGUCUGACUAAUCGCAAGAACAAGAAGAACGACCCCGAAGCUGGGGAUCCCGACGCUGAAGCCAAGAAACAAGAGGAAGACACCAAGAAGAAGUAUCAAGGGGAGGAAUACGAUGUACUCUUGAAAUUCGUCACCGACCAAGCCGACAGGCUCAAGCACAAGGGGGAUGAUGAGGGUGAAGAUGAGGAAGAUGCAAAGUAUGUGCGCAAGUGGUAUACCCCUUGGAAGAAGACCAAGGUGGAGACCCAGGGCAAAAAGGUGCCUUCCGAAUGGCUCGAUACCGACAGGCAGAAAGGUCUCUCUGCCAACGAAAUUGAAGAGCGCCGAAAGCAUUCUGGAUACAACGAGCUCGAAUCCCCGAGCGAGAACCAGUUUGUCAAAUUCGUCUCCUACUUUCGCGGUCCUAUCCUCUAUGUCAUGGAACUCGCCGUCAUCCUCGCCGCCGGUCUUCAAGAUUGGAUUGAUUUCGGUGUCAUUAUUGGUAUCCUCUUUCUCAACGCUGCUGUCGGAUGGUAUCAAGAAAAACAAGCUGGCGAUAUCGUCGCGCAGCUGAAAGCUGGUAUUGCCAUGAAGACCACAGUCAUCCGGGAUGGGAAUGAACAAGAAAUCGAAGCUAGGGAGCUCGUGCCGGGCGAUGUGUUGGUGCUGGAGGAAGGACAGACUAUCGCUGCUGAUGCCAAGAUUAUAGGCGAUUAUGAAGAUAAGGAUGGGUCCAAGUCCAAGCAAGUGCUUGAUCGCCUGGAAAAGUCGAAACAAGGCCACAAAGACGGCGACGAAUCCGACGACGACGACGACGACGGGCCCGACAAGGGCCCUUCCCUCAUCUCUGUGGACCAGUCUGCCAUCACGGGUGAAUCCCUCGCGGUCGACAAGUACAUCGGCGACGUCGUCAACUAUACUUGUGGUGUUAAGCGGGGGAAAGCCUAUGGCGUGGUGACUGUGAGCGCAAAGGGCAGUUUCGUAGGUCGAACGGCGGCGCUGGUCAGUGGGUCGAAUGAGAAGGGGCAUUUCCAGAUCGUGCUCGGUGGCAUCGGUACUACUCUACUGGUGAUGGUGAUUGCAUUCAUCUUUUGCGUCUGGAUCGGUGGCUUCUUCCGCGGUACCAGCAUCGCCCAACCAAAAGACAACAACCUCCUCGUCUACGCCCUCGUCUUCUUCAUCAUCGGUGUCCCCGUCGGUCUGCCCGUCGUGACCACCACCACCCUCGCCGUUGGUGCCGCCUACCUCGCCCGACGCAAAGCCAUCGUCCAAAAGCUGACCGCCAUCGAGUCGCUCGCCGGUGUCGACAUUUUGUGUUCCGACAAGACGGGUACACUGACAGCCAACAAGCUGUCAUUGAACGAACCCUAUGUCGCACCGGAUGUGGAUCCUAAUUGGUUCAUGACCGUCGCCGUCCUCGCGUCGUCGCACAACGUCCUCGGUCUGGACCCUAUCGACAAAGUCACCGUCAUCGGCUUGAAAGACUUUCCGAAAGCCCAAGAGAUGCUCAAGGGCGGCUGGAAAACCCACAAAUUCACCCCCUUCGACCCCGUCUCCAAGCGAAUCACCGCCGAAGUCGAGAAAGACGGUAAACGCUUCACCUGUGCCAAAGGUGCCCCCAACGCUAUUCUCAAAUUGCAAAAAUUUGAUCCCAGGACGGUAGGAGCGUAUAGGGCCCAGGCGCAGGCGUUUGCGACGAGAGGGUUUAGGAGUUUGGGGGUGGCGGUCAAAGAGGAGGGCAAGGAGUGGGAGCUGCUGGGAAUGUUGUGUAUGUUUGACCCGCCGAGGAGCGAUACCGCCAAGACUAUUGGUGAAGCGCAUGACCUCGGUAUAUCCGUCAAGAUGCUCACGGGCGACGCAGUCGCGAUCGCCAAAGAAACAUGCAAACAGCUCGGCCUCAAGACCAACGUGUACGACUCUGAAAAGCUCAUCGGCGGUGGUAUGACCGGGUCCGACAUUCGCGACUUUGUUGAAGCCGCCGAUGGUUUUGCCGAAGUCUUUCCCGAGCACAAAUACCAGGUUGUGCAGCUCUUGCAAGAAAGGGGGCAUUUGACGGCUAUGACGGGUGAUGGUGUCAAUGAUGCCCCGAGUUUGAAAAAGGCAGAUUGUGGGAUUGCUGUGGAGGGUGCGAGUGAUGCUGCGCGUACAGCUGCCGACGUCGUCUUUCUCGACGAAGGUCUGUCUACCAUCAUCACCGCCAUCAAAGUCGCUCGUCAAAUCUUUCACCGUAUGAAAGCAUACAUCAUCUACCGUAUCGCCCUCUGUGUCCACCUCGAAGUCUACCUCCUGCUCACCAUCCUCAUCAAGAACGAAACCAUCCGCGUCGACCUCGUCGUCUUCCUCGCCAUCUUUGCCGACGUAGCCACCAUCGCCAUCGCCUACGACCGCGCCCCUUACGCACACCAGCCCGUCGAAUGGCAGCUCCCAAAAGUAUGGAUCAUCUCCACCGUCAUGGGCUUGCUGUUGGCGGCGGGGACGUGGAUUGUGAGGGGGACGUUGUAUUUGGAGAAUGGAGGGAUCAUCCAGAAUUUCGGGUCGGUGCAGGAGAUUAUCUUUUUGGAGGUUGCUUUGACGGAGAGCUGGGUUAUUUUCAUCACCCGCCUGGCCCAAGAACCCGGUACCCCCAACGUAUUCCCAUCCUUCCAACUCAUCGCCGCCGUCAUCGGCGUCGACAUCCUCGCCACCAUGUUUGCCCUCUUUGGCUGGGUGUCGGGCGAUGGGGAUGAGCACAGUGGAUGGAUCGAUAUCGUGACGGUGGUCAAGAUCUGGUGUUACUCAUUCGGUGUUGUGAUUAUCGUCCUCCUCGUCUAUCUCAUUCUGAAUUCACUCCGAUGGCUCGACAACAUAGGCCGCGCCAAACGGUCCAAGAAGAAUGAGAAACUAGAAAACUUUUUGACCGACCUCCAACGGCUUACCAUCGUGCACGAAUCCGACCACACGGGCGGGUCAUACUACCGCUUUGCUUCGAAAAAGGAUGAUGGGGAUGGGGAUUCGAAGGAUAAAGAUAAGGAGAAGAAGGAUAAGGAGAAGAAGAAGGGUGGGGAUGGGGAUGGGAGCGGGGAGAAGAAUGAGAAUAGGAAUGGAAAUGGGGACAAGAAGGAGAAACCGAAAGAGAAAGAAGUGAGCUUCAAAGAAGAAGAAGGCGAGAGAUCCGGGCCCGACGCCGGCUCGACCGACAAAGGCGCCCUAGGUGGCGACAAGGGUAUGAGCGACAAGGCCGGUAAAGGGCACGAAGCUGCGCAAGUGCAUGAUAAGGGGAGGGAAGAAGUGCAGCCGGACGGUAAACAGGUCCAGCCUAAGCCUCAGCACCAGACCCAGGCCCAACCCCACGGGCAGAUACAGCAGCCAGAGCUCGGGGCUAGGGUUGGGGGAGGGGGAGGGGAUGAUCAGAGUAGUGAUGGGACGCGGGUUGAUCCUUGA